AUGAAAUUUUCGAUUUCAUCUGCUCGAACGUGUAUGACUUCGGGUGAUACUAGGAAUGCGGUUUUCAAUUAUCUCAUGGUGUUGAAACCGUUAGAGGAUAGUAAGAAAAUGAAGUUUGUCAAUGAAUUUCUGGAGUGUUUCAAAGCAUAUGUUGAAAAUUUGAAUAAUAAAGAAGAUGUUUGUGAAUUCGCUGUAGAAAUUUUUCCUCAAUGUUGUCAAGUAUAUUUUUUCUGUGCAUUUUUCAAAUAUUCAAGAGAUGAUCUUCUCGGAGCUUUGAAUAUUAUAAGCUUUGUGCUGAACAGUAUUGACCAUACACCACUCGAGAAGAUUGCUAUCAAAGUUUUCGAAUGUAAUUUACGUUCACACAUCUUCCCAGUUUGGCAUAUGAUUAUGUUAAAUGAUCAUGUUAGAAAUUCAAAGUAUGCACAAGCGAUUGAAAAAAUAAUCACACCUGAAGACGUAGUACUUGACAUCGGUAGCGGAUCAGGAUUCUUAUCAGUCUUGGCUGCCAAGAAAUGUUCCAAAGUUAUCGCAAUUGAAAGCAAUCCUAAUCUUUUCUCUAUAUCUCAAUCGGUCAUUCUUGAUAACACUGAAAGAAUCACAGGCGAAAUCAUAGCGAAAAAUAUGCACUCAACUGACUUUCAACCUAAACCAGAAGAAAAAGCGAGCGUUGUCAUCGCCGAGAUAAUGGAUUGUUGUGCUUUUGGCGAAGGGAUCAUUCCCACAUUUUACGAUGCUCACCAGCGGCUAGUACAACCGAAUUGUAGAUUUUCACCGUCAUUGGUCGAGCUGUAUAUCACCGUCUACGAAAGCAUAGAAAUACUGAACACACAUUAUUUCAUGGAAAAUAGAUCUCAAUAUACUUACCCAAAACAAGAUACUACUUCUGAGCCUUACUGGUGCUGCAAAAUCGAACAAUACCCAGAUGCCAAACCACUUUCUGCACCUGUUAAGUUGAUAACCGUGCAUCUUGAUGAUAUAGAAGAUCUCUCCAAAUACAUGAUUGGUGUAAAAAAUACUAUCACAGUGGAAGUCAAAACUGAAGGUACUGCUUGUAUUGUUGUAGCGCACUUCAGAGCUGUACUAGCUGAUGAUGUUGAGAUUAGUACUCAAAAAGAAACAUUCUGGGAGCAUGGAAUUUUCAUAUUAUCAGAACAAGAGAGAGUACAUGAGGGACAGCAAAUGAAUCUAUCUUACUCUUUGAAAAAAAAUAGAUUGUCUAUCUGGAACAGCGCUACGGAAACCGAAAAACUGAAUGAAACUAGUAGAUAUGUAGUGAUCGAGCAAGAGAAAAUAGAAACAUUGAGGAGUGUAGGAUUCUCAGAGGAAGCUAUAAGGAAUUUACCAACUAAUAUAAACAAAGUUGGCUACGCUCCAUCUUCAAUACCCUUCCCAAGGCCAUUCUUAGAGUUGCCAGAAUUUAUCACAUUAUCUCAUAAAGAUCUACCAAAUAUUGGUGUUCUUUGCAAAGGACAGAAUGGAAUAACAAGUAACAUGGGGCCAUGUGAUAGAUUCAUCUUGUGGCCUGCACGUAUAGAUGGCAGUUUGAAUAGUGACUUAUUAGAAGAAGUAAGAACAGUGUUAGAUCGCCAAUUAAUGGUUAUACAUCGAACCUUCCCCGAACACAUAGAAUGCAGAGGUUACCUAUUUCAGUCAGAGUAUUUAACUAGGCGUUGUCGUCCGGAUGAAACUGCACACAUGAAUGUUAAUUUGAGAGAAUUAACGAAUUGGACUCUAUUGGAAUAUCGCGAUAUAAAACUAGAUGGUACUCCACACAUACCCAUGUCAGAGGAAAUUGAUGUGUUCAAAAUACGGGUAGAUACGAUUACAACUCACCUUGAAUGUUACAUGAAUGUUGUUACGGUCAAUUCAACCCCGGGAGAAAAAGUCGAUGGCAUAGUUUACUGGUUCCAUGCAGGUGAUUAUUCAAACAAAAACGAGAAAGUCGCAGCUUUUAUGUUCGAUAAGCCGUAUGUGGUUCCGUCGAACGGUUUGGUUACAAUACUGGUAUACAUUCAUAAAUCUCAAAUGGUUAUAACUACUGAAUUAACUCAAGAUAACUCAGAUUAA